CAGGCAGCUUUCUUGUUACAGCUCACUGAAGGGUUUAAAACACAGGGCAAAGCAAUAUAAUCACCGCUUAACUGACAACUGGUUCCUGCUUGUAUUGCAAGGGGGAUGUCAUGGAUAUAAAAAAGCUUGAGUUCUUUGGUACCUCAGACUUCGUGGAAGAUUCAAUGUUCAAGAGCCCUGUUGUUGGAGAACGCGAAAAGGGGAAUGGAGGUGACAUACAUGCAGAACAUGGAAGGACGCUGAGGGACGACUUUUCUAAAUUUGACCAAGAAGACAUUUUCAUGAAAGAUCGACGCAGGGCAAAAUCGCUGCCCGCUUACCCCGAACAGGCUACUCUGUUUAACAAUUUAACUCAAAGCUGCAGGAAAAGAGUACAGUUUGCAGACUCACUGGGUCUCACUUUAGCCAGUGUCCGGCAUUUCAGCACCACCGAUGACCCUCAGAUUCCGUCGAAAGUUUUCUCAAGGCUGCAAAGCUUCCCCCCUCAACAAGACAGGGAACUUCUGGGUGAUAUAUGCGAAAAGUUUUCAGCUAGUUUCCGAUUAAAUUGUUUAACAUGCGCUUUUGAGCAGCCUGGUGAAAGCUGUGGCUUUGAAGAACGAGUCAGAGAGAAACGUGUUUCUUUGGAGAAAGUCACGGCAUCUCACUUUGACAUCUGUGGUUUGGUUCGAGUUUUCAACUUUGGUUUGAAGAAAGAAGUGUAUGUCAGAUACACAUUUAAUGACUGGCUGUCGUUUGUGGAUGCCCAAGCCAUGUUGGUGCCGGGGUCUGCCACCGAAGGCAAUGCACAGACCGAACAGUUUGGUUUUACGCUUUACACCCCCCCACUCAUAGAUCAAAGCUCCACUAUACAGUUUGCCAUCUGCUAUAAGACGGAGAACGGAGCAGAGUACUGGGAUAACAAUUUCGGCCAAAACUACAUUUUGAGAUGUUAGUUUAUACCUUUGUAUUCUGAAACUGCUCUUCUAAACAACGGAACAGUGACAGGGGGCAUCAAUAUUGGAGUGUUUCCACAACUUCAGAACACUUCACUGGCUGUUUGCUUUGUGUCGUUUAUUGACUGGAAUGUAUAUGACAAAUACAGCAAUUAAUUAAUCAAGCUGGUACGCAGAUGGUUUCUAUUUUUAAUUCCAGGCACAAAAAAAACAAAAAAAAAAACAAAAAAAAAACAAAUGUUAAAUUGUCGACAUUUUUGAGAAAGUGUCGGUAAAUAAUAACUUACUGGUUUUAUUCCAAUUUAUUUUAGAGGAGUCUUAAUGAAACACCUAAAUUAAUAUUUAAAAUACUACAAAAUAAUAUAAAAGACAGCACAACAUUGUAAUCUGCUAUUAAAAUAUUAUCUUUGUAUUUGUGUUCUCAUAACAGAUUUUUUUUACUAUAAAAUCGGCUAUCCCAAACUUGAGAAAACAACUUCCUGAAAAAAGGGCAUACAUAUAGUAAUAGCGUGGAAAUAAUUUAAUGCAGUGGUUAAUACAUCUUAUUAUUCUUAAAAUAAUAUAAGGCAAUUAGCAUAUGAUGUCUAAACAUAUGUAAAUUGUUACUAUUAUAAACAAUUGAGACAGAGAGACAGACAGAGACACAUUUUGUAUUAGCUACAUUAUAGCUAUUAACAGGGCUAACUUGUAAAAAAAAAAAAAAAAAAGAAAUAAAAUAAAAGAAAUUGCUACAACACUUAAUUUACCUGCCAUGGCUCACAUCAGAAAGUUAAUGUGGAUACUUCUGUAAACGAUGGACUGUCGGCAACAACACGUUUCUCUGAUCAUAGUUUUACAUACAUCAUAAAGGAAGACGAGCUUUAUGGACAGCCCAUGCAAAUAUCUGUUUGUAUCUCCUGGAAAAUAACAACAAACGCAAGCUGGAUAAGAAGGGUACUCCUUUUUAUUUUUUCAUUUAAAUAUUUGGGAUUGCUUUUCUGAGCUAGCAGUUGGCAGAACCACAAAGUGCUGCAGCGAUUACUUUUUAGUUAAGAGAAUGAGAGACUGACAAGAAAGCUUCAAGGAGGGACUAGAAUUGUAUGCUUGCUGCUAUAACUUCCUUUAGGGAAUGCAAACAAACUGAAAAGCCAACAGUGUCUGUUUUCUGAUCAAGUGUGCAAAGAUUGUGUAAACUGUCGCCCAUCGAUCAUAUUUCUGCAUACAAUUGAAGAAUGUGACUAUUGUUGCACAGUAUACCUGUGGGAUAACUCAAUUCUUGAGUCUAUCAUCACGUCUGUUUCUAAUAUUUAAAAUGACAUUUAAUCUUAUAUUUUAGGAAAUGCCUAUGGCAUCUUCCAAUUAAAAAAUAUGCUAAUUCAAAA